GAACCGCAUCUCAGGAGAUCCAUCCUUCCUUCCCGAAUCGAAUCGGAAGGGUUUGGCGACCAGCGAGAUGGACGGCGGCGGCGUGCUCGGCGCCGUGGUGUGCGUGCUGCUGGUCUUCGCCAUCUUCCCCCUCCUCCUCUGGCGUCGCCGCUCUGACAACCACCACCACCGCCUCCCGCCCCAGCCUCUCCAGGAGGCAGGGGUGGUCCGCGGUGGCGCCGCGCCGCGCCGCAUGCGUCGGAGGCCUGCGGCUACUGCUGGCGCCACCUCCUCUGCCGCAUCCACAAGCCACGAUGCUGCGGAGGACGAUGGGGAAAGUGAAGAGGAGGAGGUCCCGGAGGGUUACAACGUCCCCAAAUCCUCCAAGAAGGAGAAGAAAAGACUGGAGCGGGAGCAACAGCGUCAGGCUGAAGAAGCUGCACGGGACUCUAGGAGGAAUAAACAUGAUCGAUACGAGGAAAUGAGGAGGAAGAAGGACGAGGAGCGUGAGGCACAAGAGAGAUUAUUGGAAGAAGAAGCUAGGGCACGAAAAGCAAAGGAGGAGGAGGUCGCUGCUCUUGAGUUUGAGAAAUGGAAAGGUGCCUUUUCAGUUGAUGCUGAAGGUACAACAGAGAGUGAGAUGCAAGAUGAUGGUCAGGGUUUGCUUCACAACUUUGUGGAGUACAUCAAGAAGCAGAAGUGUGUUCCCUUAGAGGACCUGGCAGCAGAGUUCAGGAUGCGAACCCAGGACUGCAUCAACCGAAUUAUUACACUGGAAAGCAUGGAUAGAUUAUCUGGUGUGAUGGAUGAUCGUGGGAAGUUCAUAUACAUAUCCGCUGAGGAGAUGAAGGCUGUUGCAGAAUACAUCAGGAAACAAGGGAGAGUAAGCAUAUCACAUUUGGCCAGCAACUCAAACCAAUUUAUCCAUUUGGAGCCGAAGGCCCAGUACGAUGAGGAGAGUCAUCAAGAUGACAGUGCUGCAGUAGGCACAGAGCCAUGAUAGUGUUUUUUUUUUCUUUCUCUAUAUUCAGAGAUCUUUUUAGUGAUUGUGAAGAGUUGGAUAUUGGGAGGUGCGGUAAGAAAAUCAUUGCCCAUAUAUAUCACACUUGUGCUCGCAUGGUAAAUAUCAUGUAGAACGGAGAAGUGAAAAGUGAAAACGUUUGAAGAGCGGAACUUGGUUCUGCAUUCGCA